GACUUUUACACACAUUAAAGUAAUAAUACAUAGUUACUACAGUAAUUACCUCAACUUCAUCUAGCAUACUACACAAACAUAUUCAAGGUAUUACAGUUUUCUCAAGGUGGCCAUUUUAGCAGUGUGCUGUGAGUAUUAUUUUAUUCAUUUAACCUUUGUGCACCUAAUAGGUUGGAAAAUGCACCCCCAAAAAAGAAAGUGCCUGAACUAGACCAAUAUGUUUUUCUGAAACUUAAACAUGUAAAUUUGCUGAUAGAAUACUACAAAAUUCAAAGUGUAUACUUUUCCCCCCCAAAUGUUAUGAGGUCCAAAAGGCAGCUCGUUGUACGAAUGACCGAGACCCAAAACGUUGGUGCUAACCAUGCUGAAGUGCAGAGCCAGCUAGCCCUGGGCUAAGGCUGAUGCUAGCCCACUUUACAAUGUGCGUGAACAUUCACUUAGCCCCAGGCUAAGGUGCAGUGUGAAUGCUCCUUAAAUAGAUGGCUCUGGAACACUGUAUUGCAACACCUAUUGUGUGUCCGUCAGGCAUCACCUCUAUGACCCUCCUAACCUGUGAACACAAAACAUCAGACAACACUCUAUGGCUAAAGUCUUGACUGUGCUUCUCUGCUGUUGGCUAUAAGUCUAUUACUAAAGUAAAAGUGAAAGUUAAUCACUUGUCCGCCUCUGCAAUUUCCUGCCUGCCACGUUUGAAAGCUGUGUCGACUGUUAGAAUCAACACCCUCAAAGUUUGCAGUUUAUUCCACAUCCUAUUCUGAGACAUGGCUAAUCGUGAAGUUUCUGGAAUGGAGAAUAUUAUAAUAACAAAUAAGAUGAAACUCAUUGACUGGCUUCGAGUGGAUCCAAUGUACAUUCUUCAACAUCUGCAUUGUAAAGGCAUUAUCAAAGACAGGGAGUAUCAAAGCCUUAUGAGUGUCCCAGAGCCGGAGAAUAAAGUCAUCAAACUGCUCGAUAAGAUCAUUGGCAAAAAGGAAAUUACAUGUUGCCAGUUCCUUGAUACUCUCAAAGAACAUGAUGUGAAUGAAACAUAUCCAGUACUUCAGCAGUGGAUAACCACCUUAGACUUACCAGCUCAACAGGAUAAACUACCUCAAGAUUGGGCUGCCAUGCCAGCCACCUCCCCUGUCCAGCUCUACUCCAUCCAUCCAGGAAGCCCAGAGUAUGAUGAAGUCCAAGGCCUGUUCCAGAAUACUUGUCCAGACAAUGAAAUUAAAAAAAUUGAAAGGGUCCAGAACCCAAACUUGUGGAAAAGCUUCCAGAUCAAGAAAAAAGACAUCAGUGACAGGAAUGAUCGCUUUCUGAAUGAGAGACGUCUUUUCCACGGAACCAGUCACACAAACGUAGGUCACAUCAACGACCACGGGUUCAAUCGGAGCUACGCUGGAAAAAAUGAUGCAGAGUAUGGAAAUGGCACCUACUUUGCAGUCAAUGCCAGCUACUCUGCUGCUGAUGAAUUCUCCAAGCCAGAUGGCGAAGGGAGGAAGUUGAUGUACUUGUGUCGUGUUCUGACUGGACACUUCACAAAGGGAGAACGAGGGAUGAUAGAACCUCCAUUUAAAGACGGAUCAGAUAUUCGGCGCUACGAUAGUACGACAAACGAGCCAUCUGAUCCAACAGAGUUCGUAGUCUUCCACGACUGUCAGGCAUAUCCAGAGUACCUGAUCACUUUCUUAAGGGUCUAGAGCAACUGUUAUAACUCAAAACCACUCUUGGAAAUCCAUGGUUAAAAUCUAAUUUUGAGAACAGCAAAAAUAGCCAAAAGAAGUGACAGUUAGUAUGUUGAAAGUAUUGCACCAACGCCUUGAUUUUCUAGAUUUAAAUCUGUUAUUUCCAUUGUCAUAAUAUAAUUAUUGAUUUACUGUAUGUCCUUUAAUCUAACAGAUUGCACCUUUUAAACAGCAAUCUUAUUCAAAUAUCUUCAAAGGGACCAUUUUUAGCAGUGCACAUAUUAGGGUGGGCUGUUGGGAUUUUAUUUUUAUACAUUGGUUCUAACAUGGUAGCUUUUGCUAAAGCUCAACUAACAUAUCUUUGUUUACCAGUGUUUUUUCUAUGACACAUAUUAGUCAUUCCAUUAAAUAUCCUAGAUUUGUAGAGGACAUUUUUGUAAAACCAUAAUUUUGAUAUGACUCAUAUUUCCAUUAAAUAUGAAAGAUGUGUAA